AUGUUCAAGAGCUUUGAGGGUUGCCCAAGGAAGAAAAGAUCACAUCAAGGGAUGGCGUACAUAAUGACAAUCUAUUUGACUCCCACCUUCCUAACCUGCAAAGCUGCUCCUUCUAGAAACCUAAGUGUGAGCCGCAGUGGCCACGCCAAUAUGAAAUUUGCUAAAAAGCUUUUAAUUAGGUUUGACAAUCUUCUUUCAGAAUACAUUUUCUACAUUUAUUCAAAUGAUAUCAAUGAAUCUUCCGAGGACCCAGCACCAGAUAUUGACAAUGAAACAAAUCCUAUCUGUGAUCAAGAAACAGUUGAUCCGGAAUUUGUAAACAACCAAGAGGUUGCUGUGUACUCAGAGAGCUACAUGCCCCUGGACAGCUCUGAAGAUGUGUAUGUUGUUUGCAAACUGGAAGUAUCAUGUCCGAGCACCACAGAAAAUGACGACUUUGAAGUGGAUACUUUGAGAUCAAUGCCAGUUGACAAAACUGAAAAUGUCUAUACAUAUGAUGUCUGUGAUCCAGAAGCAAGUGAUCUAGAACAAAUUAAUAAUCAAGAUUUCUUGGUAUGUACAGAGAUCCCAAUGCCCGUAGAUAGCACUGUCAAUUUGUUCACAAGUGAAAUCUGUGGUUCUGAACCUGGUGAUAUAGUUGAAAGUUCAGAUUUCCCAAUAACAGUAGAUAGCACUGGCAAUUUGUUUACAAGUGAUAUCUGUGGAGCUGAAGCUGAUGUUCUAUUUGAAAGUUCAGACAUAGAUGAAUGUACUGAAACCCUGGCACCUGGUGAUUACACGGAAACCGUAUACGCUUAUGUCUAUGAUCCAGAAGCUUGUGAUGUAGAAGUAUCAGAUAAUCCAGAUUCACUGGUGUUUUCAGAGUGUUCACCAUCAGUAGAGGAGAGCCGUCAUGUGUACGAUAGUGAUGCUGAUAAAAGCAUUUAUCAAGACUUAUUGGAAUGCACAGAGAAUCCAGCGUCAGUGGAUGAUUCGGACAAUGUUUGCAAUAGUGAUGUCUGUUAUCCAGAAGCUGGUUAUCAAGUCUUUGAUCAAGAUGUACAAUUAUAUACAGAGAGCCACCCACCAGUUGGUGAUAUGGACAUUGUGUAUACAAGUAAAAUCUGUGAUCAUGAUGGUGAUUUGGAAAGAGCAGAACAUCAGGAUGUCUUUGAGUACACCGCAUACCCGGAGAUACCUGGCAGCGAGACCAUAGAGAAUGACUUUAAUAUGAGCAGUAGUGCAGAACACGAUUUAGAAGCCCAAAAGUUACCAAUAUGUACAGAAAGUCUAGCAACUGUGGAUGCCUUGGAUAAUGUGUGCACAAGUGAUGUUGAUGAGCCAGAAGGCCGUGAUGUCAUUCACAAUCAAGGUGUAGAAGUAUGCAUUGAGAGCCCAGCACCAGUUGAUAGCGCUGACAAGAUUUACAUUGGUGAUGACUCUGAUCCAGAAGGUUGGGACCUUGAAGGGGCAGAUAAUCAAGAUGUAGAAGUAUGCACUGAGAGCCCAGCACCAGUUGAUAGCGCUGACAAUAUGUACAUUGAUUAUGACUCUGAUCCAGAACCUGGGGACCUUGAAGGAGCAGGUUUAACCUUUAAUACAGAAUGUCAAGAGACGUUGAGCAAUGUAGAAGAUGUGCACUAUACUGAUUUUUUUGAGAAGGAAACUUCUUCACAGGAAAGCUGGAAAAAUCAAGAAUUGGCAGUAAAUACAGAGAGCCAAGCAGUGGAUAAAACAGACAAUGUCUUCACAAGUGAUGUUUGUGAGCCAGAAGCUGAUCUAGAAAGAGUGGCCGAUCAACACCAGCCUGUGUGUUCAGUACCUCAAGCUGAAGUGGACAACACUGACCGUGUGCACAUAAAUGAUAUCUGCGAUCCAGACACUGGUAAUCUAGAAAGCGUUGCUAAUCAAGACUUGAGCACAGAAAGCCCAGCAGCUGUGGUUGGCACGGACAUUGUGUAUUCGAGUGAUGCCUAUGAUUCGGAAUAUGGUAACAUAGAACAAGCAGAUAAUCCAGACUUGCCAAUGUGUACUGAAAACUCUGCAUCAUUUGAUGAUGCUGUAUACACGAGUGAUGUGUGUAAUCCAGUAACUGGGGUGGAUUGUAAAGAAAUACCGGUGACUCCUGAAAGCCCGACAUCAUUGGAUAACAUGGACAGUGUUUGCACAAGUGGUGUCUGUGAGCCAGAAGCUGAUAAUCUAGAAAGAGUGUUUAAUCAAGACCAGCCUGUGUGUUCAGUACCUCCAAAUGAAGUGGACAACACUGAUUGUGUGUGCACAAAUGAUGUCUGCAAUCCAGACACUUGUAAUGUAGAAAGUGAUGCUAAUCAAGGCAUAUUGUGUCCUGUACCGGAGCUUGGCACAGACUCUUUGUACAUGAGUGAGCUUUAUGAGCCAGAAGGUGAUGAUCUGGAAAAUGUAGAUAAUGAAGGUUCAGCCAUUCCUUCUCACUGUCUUGUCUCCUGCUUGCCUGUCAUAGCAGAAAAGAAUUUGGGUGCACACCAAGAAAAUCGAUCAGCUUGA